AAGGAACCACUUAGAUACACCCUCCUUCCUCCAUAAGGCCAAACAAAACGCAUUGUAACUACGCGCUGCCCCGAAUUUCCGCUAUUUUCAUUCCCAGAUUCUGAACCGGAACCAAACAUUUUCCCAGAAUAUAAACAGACAACACACAACAACAAAUUACCAAUUCAAUAAAUGAAACUUGCAGAGCUGCCAACUUGAUUCCACGCCUCAGAAAUGCCAAAUUCAAACAAUUAAGCAGUCCUUAGAUUCACAAACUUCUCAAGAUGAACAACACAAUACUCACAAAAUUGAAUUUCAAUAGGGAUCCUCCACAGAGAGCAGAGGACCCCUUAAUGCCUACACAUGCAGAUGUCACCAAAUCAAAACCACGUCAUAGAGACACUAAUUUAUUAACUUUGAACCCUAAACCUCCAAUCACAAUCUUCAAGCUAAGGCCACCAAUAUUUCAACACCAUGCUUCAACAAUCCUCCACACGAAACUCCCACAGAUGCCAGCUGACAGACAAAACAUCAAGCACACAUCAAUUAAACACAAAGUCAGCAAAUCACACAGCCAGCCACCUGAAGCCCCCAGAAUCCCAGCAAAAUUUUCAGAAAAGACCCAGAAUUCAAGUUGUGAUAUAUUCCCAAAAGCAAGGAUCUUUCACCCUGAACGGAUUCAAAAAGCCCUAAAGAUUGAAUCUUGGUACAGAAAUAGAGUAAUAGAUGGUGGGUUUUGAAGGGAAAAUUGAUGGGUGCAAGAGUAAGAUUCACAGAGAGGAAAACCCUAAAUUUAUAGGGAGAGUUGGCAUUGUUGGAUCUUCAAAGAUUUUGUGGCCUCUCAGGGAAGAAUCUGUGGAUGAAUAUGGGAACAUAGAACACUCAUUAAAAAAAUGGAAGAAAA